AAUAUUAUCACCCCGGCGACUACCCCCAGUCUCAAAAUGGAUCACCAGGUUCGUAUCCUCGAAAUCGUCCGCCACGGGAUCGGUCACCACGAUCGAUUGUGGACCAGUUUCGUCUGGCAAGGGGAUGCUCGAUACAAGCUGCAGCAUUUGUUGUACGUCGCCAUCGGGUCGUGGAGGUUGAUCUUCCAUGAAUGGCAGUGCGUCGCGCUCAAGCCCGUAAAUUGGCGUCACGUCUCCAUCUUCGAUUGUGCCUUUGCAAACCGGGCAGCUUUGCCGCGAAGAAUGCACGUGCAGCCACAUGUAGAGACAUGGCCAACAGAACAGAUGGCCGCAGCACGUUACCACAGCCUCGCUGGCCUCACGGAAGCAAAUGUUGCACUCGAAGAUUUCACGAAACGCAGAAUCCUUAACAGUUGUGGCACUAAAACCCUCUUUCGCUGCCAUCGCACUCACUAUUUAGGCAGCAUCGAAUCGGAAUCAGCGUCAAAACGCACAAGAAAAUCACUUUUGACCACCUUGUCUUUCAAAAGCCUUAAUUACCGAGUGCAUCCGCAUCAUUCACAUUCGAUCACCAGUUUGAAUGGUGCAUCCAAAUGGUCCAGAAGCAUCGAACGCAUCUUGCAGAAUCACCCAAUUUGAAGGUACAAUUGACGAGCAGGGGUGCUCCACCGUUCGUAUGAUCGGAUGCAUGGAGGAGUCGUAAGAGGCAAGCUUCGUGUCUCUAAUUGCAAAGCCUUCGACCUGCAAUAGGAGGUGAGCAGGUGCCAAUCGAUCCAUGAACUGGGUGGCAAGGUGAGGUGUAUCAAAUGUCAAGUCAUAUCAUUUUACGCUGAAUUGAAUAGGGGAGGGUAGGGGCUGGAGGGCUAGAUAAAAACAAACGAUGUACAUCGAUCAGGCUAUGCCGAUCUUCCUACGUGGAAAGAGACGACGAUGCAAAGACAUGGACUGGUGAACAAGUGCUCGUGAUUCUGUUCACCAGCAUGAAUUUACAUCAUUUAUAAUAGAUGUAAAUUUAAGCUAUAACUAAAAAGUAUUGGAAGUGAAA